AAUUUUUUAUGCAAACCUGUAUGUAGAUUUGGAAGUCUGUUAUAUUAAGUAAGAGCAGAUUAACUGACAAUAAUGGCACGAUAUGACUUGAAUGCUAUGCAAUCAGACCUCAGAAAGGAGUUGGAGAACGGUUUUCUGGAAGAGUCGGAGGAGAUGGUAAAUAACAUUAAAGAAAUUAUGUCGAAGUACGAAAGUCAUCCAAAGGACUGGGAUGGCAAGGAAAAAUGGAGCGAUAAAAAAUAUACAAGAACUCUUCUAGACAAAGGGAAUGGUCAUUACAAUCUGAUGAUAUUGUGCUGGAACACUGGUCAGGAAAGCCCUAUACAUAAUCACCCCAAAUCUCACUGCUUCAUGAAGACUCUGAAGGGAGAAGUAUUCGAGGAGUUGUAUGAAAAUCCGGAGAUAACGUCGUGUUGUAGAGGCAAAAUGAAGAAAAUCCAAGACAGAGUAUAUACACUCAACGAUGUGGCCCAUAUCACUGACGCAGACGGACUUCAUCGAGUUGGAAACAAAAGUCACGUGGAGGGCGCUGUCACUCUACACCUUUAUUCCCCGCCCUUUUCCUCGUGUAAAAAAUAUGAUGACGACACGGGGAAAUCUACAGAGGUUCCGAUGGGUUACGAUCAGGACUUUAGUGAACAGUGCUGCUCUCGCUCAUGUUGUGAAAAGUAACUUUUCUAUG